CUAGCUUAGCUAAGCAACUGCAAGUGAAGCGGCGACAUGACGACGACGACGACGAGGUUUGUUCAGCUUGCCGCGUGCGCGGCGGCGUCGCUGCUCGCCGUGGCGGCGAGUGGCGCGGCGGCGCAGGGCGUCGGGUCGGUCAUCACGCAGGCGGUGUUCAACAGCAUGCUGCCCAACCGCGACAACUCGCAGUGCCCGGCGAGGGGCUUCUACACGUACGACGCCUUCAUCGCCGCCGCCAACUCCUUCCCGGCGUUCGGCACCUCCGGCGGCAGCGCCGAGCUCAUCCGGCGGGAGCUCGCCGCCUUCUUCGGCCAGACCUCCCACGAGACCACCGGUGGAACGAGGGGUAGUUCUGACCAGUUCCAGUGGGGUUACUGCUUCAAAGAGGAGAUAAACAAGGCGACUUCUCCACCCUACUAUGGACGUGGCCCAAUUCAAUUGACAGGGCAAUCGAACUACCAAGCAGCCGGGAACGCGCUGGGGCUGGACCUGGUGGGCAACCCAGACCUGGUGUCCACCGACGCCGUGGUCUCCUUCAAGACGGCCAUCUGGUUCUGGAUGACGGCGCAGGGGAACAAGCCGUCGUGCCACGACGUCAUCCUCGGCCGGUGGACGCCGUCGGCGGCGGACACCGCCGCCGGCCGCGUCCCCGGGUAUGGCGUCAUCACCAACAUCAUCAACGGCGGCAUCGAGUGCGGCGUCGGCCAGAACGACGCCAACGUCGACCGCAUCGGCUACUACAAGCGCUACUGCGACAUGCUCGGCGCAGGCUACGGCAGCAACCUCGACUGCUACAACCAGCGCAACUUCGCCAGCUAGCUAGCUGAGUGAUCGAUCGAUCCAUCGGAUUGUUAUCCUAUUGCAUGAUCGUUCGAUCAGUUAGUACUACCAAUAAAAACUGGCAUGUAGUGAUGUAGUAUCCCAACAUGAAUAAAGGUCUUUAAUCAAAUAAAGGCAAAUAUCAAUUGCUUUAACUGCUA